CAAGCUUAAAAACAUUGGAGGUCUUGAACAUCAGUAGUAAUGAGUUUGACAACAAUAUAAUAGGAUCGUUGAAGGCGAUAACAUCCCUUAAAAGUUUGGUUAUGCGGAAAAUAGGCUUAUAUGGAUCUUUUCCCAUUAGAGAAUUAGCAAGUUUGAGAGACUUAGAAAUAUUGGAUUUGCGCCACAAUGUCUUGGAGGGCUUCCGAUCAUCAACACAAGAUUUGGAAGCUUUCAGCAAUUUGGAGAUCUUAAAUUUGAGGCUGAAUUGUUUGACUGGGAGUGUUCCUUCAUCUAUACGGGCCUUAUCUUCUCUCAAGGUUUUAUCAUUAUCUAAUAAUCGGCUCAACAGCUCCUUAUCCAUUCAAGGCUUAUGUGAACUGAAGAAGCUUGAGGAGUUAGAUCUCAGUCUAAACUCCUUUGAAGGAAUACUUCCACCAUGUUUGAACAAUUUGACAUCUCUGAGAUUAUUGGAUCUCUCUCAAAACCUACUCACAGGAAGCAUCUCUUCUUCUUUGAUCGCCGGCCUCUCAUCCCUUGUAUAUAUCGAUCUGAGUCAUAAUCAUUUUGAAGGUUCAUUCUCAUUCAGCUCAUUUGCUAAUCACUCUAAGCUAGAGGUGGUUGAAUUUACAAAUGACAACAACAAAUUUGAGAUUGAAACUGAACAUUCAACUUGGGUUCCUAUGUUUCAAUUGAAGGUUCUGAUAAUAUCAAACUGUAGCCUUAAUAAGCUCACUGGUGGUAUUCCUAAGUUCCUUCAGUACCAAUACAGUCUGACAGUAGUCGUUCUCUCUCUCAAUAACUUGUCUGGAAGCUUCCCCUAUUGGUUGCUUGAGAACAAUAGAGACUUAAAGUUUCUAAACCUAAGGCAUAACUCUUUCAUGGGUCAAAUUCACCUGACAUGUUGCCCCAAUAUCUAUUUGGAUUGGAUGGAUAUCUCAGAUAAUCUGUUCAAUGGGCAGCUUCAAGAAAAUAUAGUGCAGAUGAUUCCUCAGUUAAGCCAUCUAAAUCUAUCAAAUAAUGGCUUUGAAGGUAAUAUCCUAUCAUUGAUAGUUCAAAUGAGUAACUUAAAGGAAUUGGAUGUGUCUGGUAAUGAUUUCUCAGGAGAAGUACCAAAGCAAUUUGUUGGUGGUUGUCAUAAUCUGAAGGUUUUGAAAUUGUCGAAUAAUGGAUUUCGUGGCCAAAUAUUUUCAGAAUACUUUAACUUGACAGGAUUAGAGUAUUUGCAUUUGGACAAUAAUGAGUUUUCAGGGACUCUCUCAGAUGUAAUCACCAGAAGCCCUUUAAGUUUGCUGGACAUCCGCAACAACUACAUGUCUGGUGAGAUGCCGAACUGGAUAGGUAACAUGACUUUGAGGACGCUGGCCAUGGGGAACAACAGCUUUAAAGGUCAGUUACCAUGUGAAGUAGUUGCACUCAAGUUUUUUGACAUAUCUCAUAAUGCUCUUUCAGGUUCUCUUCCUUCUUGUGAGAAACCACAGUUUUUAGAGCAUAUACAUUUGCAAGGAAACAGGUUUACAGGAGCAAUACCGGAAGAUUUUCUCAACUCCUUAUCUCUAUUGACCUUGGACAUUAGAGAUAAGCUUGAUGGAAGCAUUCCCAAGUCAAUUGUGGCACUUUCCAACCUAAGAAUUCUUCUGCUUGGAGGAAACCAUUUAAGUGGCCUGAUUCCAAAUCACCUAUGCCAAUUGACCAAAAUAAGUUUGAUGGAUCUAUCGAACAACUCUUUUUCUGGGUCAAUCCCUAGGUGUUUGGGGCAUUGCCAAUUUGGGGAGACAACCACCAGUGACAAUGUGUUUGCGCCAUCAACUCAGUUUGGUUUCGGGAAUGGAAUCCAUAUAUAUGCAGGUUACCUAGAGAGAUAUUUCUACAUCAAUGGUGAUAUAUAUGAUGAACAAGAUGAAGUUGAGUUUGUAACAAAAUACAGAUUCAAGAAUAGGUCUUGAUUGAGCUUGGUGUGGACUCCAAGUGUGCUUCAAAAGAAGGUGUACAACUGAAGUUGGAAGGUGCUAGUCAAGUAAUCUGAGAAGGAUUGGUAUACUUGAGCUAAGUAAAACCUUGUACUUAGAUGGUUUUUAUUCAUUAUGGAUGCUCUUGGUCACUUGUAAGCCUAUGUUUUUUUUUUAUCUCUUCAGAGAUUUUCCAUAUCAAAUCAUGGUGUAAUUUCCUUACUCUCUCUAUCUCUUCAUUAGUUAAUUUUUUUUAAUGAUUAUCUUGGCUAAAGAAAUUGCCUUGUUUCGAUGA